AUGACAGAGAAUGAUGAUCUUUUGGCCAAGAUUGGCCAGCUCGCAGGUCAAAUCAACAGGCACAAAACUCAGACCACCCAACCCUAUCAACCGUCAUCUCACCAGUCGCAAUACGUGUCUCGUCACGCCCCCUCUCACCCAGGAUGGGCACCUUACUCUCGAGGCAGAGGAAGAGGCCGCCAUGUAGCGCCUCAUCGGAAUCGCACACUAGUUCUCAACAAUGGAACGCCUGCUUCCGUCCACAGCAACACUUCUUCCCCAGGCCCAUCCAGUGACAACGAUGGGGAGGCGCGUCAACCGACAACUUCCAACGGCUGGGUCGCAAAACGCGAUCGCCAUAUGCAGCUGAUCAACUCUGCCGUCUACGAUAAAGAGAAGCAAGCUCGCGCCAAGGCGAUGGAGGAAACUCGCAAGUUCAAGGAGCAACGACGCGCCGAGCGGGAACAGUCCAAGGUUCUUCGAUACGCGCAGGCUGCCAGAGGCGGUGCGACAGUGUCGACGACCACGCAACCAGCGGCUGCUCACCAGAUUCUUGUGAAUGACAUCCCAUUCAAGGUUACACAUGGUGGCAGCAAGUUGGUUCGGGUAUCAAGUAUGAAAGCCUUGCAUGACCUGUGUUUCCCUGGAACUGGCUUACCUGUUCUAGAUGAUCCAAACACAGCCAACAUCACACCCAAGCGAGUUAACGUGGCUGGUGUGACAUUCGUCCGGAGCAAAAAUGGCAAUCUCCACCGUCUUGGAGCUGUGGCCUCGAAAAUGUGCGUUGUCGAGACGGUAAACACUCGAGUCUAUGCUAACUGCCACCGAAGAAAUCCAACCACAGUCAAGAAACGCAACGAACUCUGCAAAAGAUUCACCACGACCGGUACAUGCUACAAGGGGCCAUCGUGCCCAUUUAUCCACGACCCCAGCAAAGUAGCCAUCUGCAAGGAUUUCCUUCAGACAGGCCAAUGCAGUGCCGGUAUGAGUUGUGACCUUUCCCAUGAGCCCUCACCCCAUCGCUCUCCCUCCUGUGUGCAUUUCCUUAGAGGCCGGUGCUCCAACCCUGAUUGCCGCUACUCGCACGUCCGGGUGACACCCGGCGCCCCCGUUUGCCGCGCCUUCGCGACUCUCGGAUAUUGCGAGAAAGGUGCUUCCUGUGAAGAGCGCCAUGUGCACGAGUGCCCGGAUUACGCCAACACUGGUGCCUGUCAUAAGAAACGUUGCCAACUUCCCCAUGUCGACCGUGCUGGCCAGAUCCGCAAGGCUGCUGCCGCCGCGGCGAAAGCUGAGGCUGAUAACGAGGAUGAGUCUGACCAAUCUAGCGAGGACGAGGAUUAUGAUGCGAUCGACUCGGAUGAUGUUGAUUCGGACGAGUUUGAUGAUGUGUCUGCAGAGCUCCUUGAAGGAGUGGAUAGUGGCGAGAUGGCACAGCAGCAUGACUUUAUCAAGUUCUAA